AUAAGGAGGAAGUACAGUAACGUUAGCUAUGUCAAUGUGAACAGAUCAUACAGCAUUUGAUUGUAGCUCAUUUUGCAACAAGUUUAUCAUUAUAUUGUGUUUGCACGGUUAAGAGACAUGGCUUGUUUUUUCAGAAGAAGUAUUGCAGCAAAGCUGGGAAAGACGCUGCAGCAGUCUGAGGAUGCCUUCAUACCAGCUCUGUCAGCAGUUCCAGUUUUUAAGAAACAGCAGACUGCUGACUUCAAACUGCCAAUCAGCACAUUACGAAUCAGUGGGAUUUUACCAUCCAGUGGUGACAUUCAACUGCAGACAGAAUAUUUGGCCACUCAGUUGAAGCAGGACAGUGUGGUGGAAGACAUAUCUGCUGGAUGUGGAGUGAUCAACUUUAAAGUUAAUCGCAAACUUCUUGUCCAGAAAAUGUUGGAGCCAUUUGGAAAGGAGGAGGAUGAUAAAUUUGGGUUAAAUAGUGAACUUUUCAAUACUCUCAAGAGAGGAACAACAUUAGUUGAAUAUAGCUCUCCAAAUAUUGCCAAAAAAUUCCAUGCUGGACACUUGCGAUCUACAAUUAUUGGUAACUUCAUCGCUAACCUAAAGCAGUGCCUUGGAAACAAUGUUAUUCGAAUGAACUACCUCGGAGACUGGGGUAUGCAAUUUGGUUUGCUAGGAGCUGGGUUUGGCCAAUUUGGAUGUCAGGAGAAAUUGAAACAGAAUCCCUUGCAGCAUUUGUUUGAGGUUUAUGUUCAAGUGAACAAGGAAGCAGAGCACAAUGAGGAUAUGAAACAGGCUGCCAGAGACUUCUUUAGACAGCUGGAGCAGCAUGAGAGCGAGGCUAUGUCGUUAUGGCAACAGUUUAGAGAGAUCACAGUGGAUGAGUAUCAACACGUUUACAAGCGGUUAGGGGUCCACUUUGAUAUUUACUCCGGGGAGUCCUUUCACCAAGAUCAAGCCCAGGAGGUGAUGCAGCAGCUGCAGAGCCAAGGCCUGUUGAAAACCUCUGAGAGAGGAACAGGUGUAGUGGAUCUCUCCCCUGCUGGAGACAUGAGCAGCGUCUGUACAGUGCUCCGCAGUGACGGCACAACUCUCUACAUCACCAGAGAUCUUGCUGCAGCUAUCGACCGAACUGAAAAAUACCAUUUUGAUGAGAUGAUUUAUGUGACAGAUAAAAGUCAAGCGAAUCACUUUCACCAGUUGUUCCAGAUCCUGCUCGCUAUGGGACAUUCAUGGGCCGACAGGUGUCAGCAUGUGCCCUUCGGCCUGGUGCGGGGCAUGAAGACCCGGAGCGGUGAGGUGGUGUUUCUGGAGGAUGUGCUAGACGAAGCUCGGGCCAGGAUGCUACACAACAUGAGCCAGUCAAAAACAACAAAGGAAAUGGAUGACCCAGGGGACACAGCAGAGAAAGUGGGAAUCAGCGCACUAAUAGUCCAGGACUUCAAAGGUUCACUGCAGUCAGACUACUCGUUUGACUGGGACAGGAUGCUGCAGGCUCAGGGAGACACAGGAGUCUUCCUCCAGUACUCACAUGCUCGACUCUGCAGUUUAAUACGGAGGAAUGAAGGUGUAGAGGCAGCCAUAUUUGAUCCAGCCCUUCUACUCGAGCAGCCGAGUAUCACCAUCCUGCAGCACCUUCUUCGCUAUGAUGAGGUGUUAUAUCAGUCUGCCCAGGAUCUGCAACCCAAGCAUAUCGUCAACUUCUUAUUGAAGCUGUGCCACCUGAUCGCCUCAGCACACAGAGAGCUGCCGGUCAAAGGAAGCUCCCAAGACGUAGCACAGGCAAGGUUACGACUGUUCAGCGGAGCCUGCUCAGUCCUGGCCAACGGCAUGAGGAUCCUGGGCAUCACACCGGUUGAUAAAAUGUGAAACUCAAAGUUUGUUUUUACUUUAUCCGUCUAAUUUCACUGCUGUAUAUAGGUAUCACACUGCUAUAGUAAAUUUGUUCUGUAUAUAAAUAAUUAUAUUUUCUAAAUAAAAUCAUGUUCCUUAAUUGAA